AUGACCGAAUCGGAGGCAAAACCGCCCCCGCCCAAGUACCUAGGCUUUAUAGCUGGUAUGUUUUCGGGUGUGACGAAAAAUGCAGUGGGCCAUCCGUUCGAUACUGUGAAAGUUAGAUUGCAGACUUCUGAAGGACGAUUCAAAGGCCCUAUGGAUUGUGUUUGGCAGACGUUCAAGUCAGAAGGCAUCAGGGGCUUCUAUAAGGGCUUCACACCUCCCUUGGUGGGAUGGGUGCUUAUGGACUCUGUGAUGCUUGGGUCUCUCCAUUUGUAUAGACGGCUCGUGAAGGAGAAUUUCUAUCCCGAGGAGAAGAAGCUCCCGCUCUCAGGGUACAUCAUAGCCGGAUUAGGAAGUGGCUGGACUGUUUCCUUCGUGGCUGCUCCGAUAGAGCAAUUCAAGGCAAGACUACAGGUGCAAUACGAUGCCAAAACAAGAAUCUACUCGGGACCAUUAGAUGUGGCAAAGAAGCUCUGGAAAAUAUCUCCAUUGACAUGGUAUACUGGUCUUUUUAGUACAAUGGUGUUUCGGACAAAUUUCAUUUUCUGGUGGGGCUCGUAUGAGCUUAUAACAAACUGGUUCAAAGAGAAUACCAACAUGUCUCCGGCGUCGAUCAACUUUUGGUCUGGUGGACUUUCUGCUACCGUCUUUUGGAUAUUUGCGUACCCUGCUGAUGUUGUGAAGCAGACCAUCAUGACAGACAGCCCAAUAAAACUGCAGAAGAAGUUCCCCCGCUAUAUCGACGCAGCGAAAUAUAUUUAUCAUGAAAAGGGAUUAGGAGGAUUUACAAGAGGCUUUGGGCCGUCAAUAUUACGUUCGUUUCCAGCUAAUGCUGCUGCUUUAGCCGCAUUCGAGGCGGUGAUGAGGUUCUUGCAUUAA